ACCUCGGUCUCCUGGCACAAUGGUGAAGUUGGGGAACAAUUUCGCGGAGAAAGGCACCAAGCAGGCGCUGCUGGAGGAUGGCUUCGACACCAUCCCGCUGAUGACGCCCCUGGAUGUCAAUCAGCUGCAGUUCCCGCCCCCGGAUAAGGUGGUCGUGAAAACCAAGACCGAGUAUGAACCCGACCGCAAGAAGGGCAAGGCGCGUCCUCCCAAAAUAGCCGAGUUCACGGUCAGCAUCACCGAGGGCGCCACCGAGAGGUUUAAGGUCUCGGUGCUGGUCCUCUUCGCCCUGGCCUUUCUCACCUGUGUCGUCUUCCUGGUCGUCUACAAGGUGUACAAGUAUGACCGCGCGUGUCCUGAUGGCUUCGUCCUCAAGAACACGCAAUGCAUCCCCGAAGGCUUGGAGAGCUACUACGCCGAGCAGGACUCGAGCGCCCGGGAGAAGCUCUACGCCGUCAUCAACCACUACAACCUGGCCAAGCAGAGUAUCACCCGCUCGGUCUCGCCCUGGAUGUCGGUCCUGUCCGAGGAGAAGCUGUCCGAGCAGGAGACUGAGGCCGCCGAGAAGUCGGCUUAG